GGGGGGGGAGAGAGGAGCAGGAGGCUGGAGAGCAGCGCGCGUCUCCAACAGAUGUAAGACCGGAGGGGGAGAGACUUUACCGGGGAUACAGAUGUUUGUGGCUGCGCCGCUCAUGCGUAAAGACCUUGGCACCGUCUUCAGAGCGCACUGGAACCACCGCUUAACUCGUAACCAUAAAUUACCAUCGUAAACCUUUAUCGUGGACACACGUUGCAGCCUUUAAAAACUCAUUACAAGUCCUCAGCGCCGGGCGAGGAGAGAGGCAAAGGAGGAGUAGAAGAAGAAGAAGGAGGAGGAGGAGGAGGAGGGAUAUAUUUGUGCGAGGACAAACGCAACAGCGGCAGACAAGAUGUGAUUUCCCCGCCGACAGCAGAAAGGAAAAGUGAAGGAAGGAACCAGAGGAGGAAAUCAAAAGUGUCAUAUGUUUUAAGGAACUGGGGGGAAAAGAAAAUUCAACCAUGACAGCUAAUUUAUAUCAGAAAGCACCUGGAGCAAUCUCACAUCAAAGAUAAAAACAGAUUUUUUUUUUUACCGAGGACUUACUCUGUAUUGGUGAGAUUUUCUCUGGAUAAACUUACUUCCCAGGAUUUAUACAUUUUGUUUCUCGAACACCACUCUGUUACUUUUUACUGCUUUAUUUUUGGGGACGUGAGGGAGCGUGGAUUCUCUCUCAUUUUUGCAACAUUCCCAGAAACCUGAGACAGCGCUCUACUACUAAAUACUGACCCGAAAAAUUAAACAGUUGACCUGUUGCUAUACCACGCUCAGUGACCUCCUGGCCCUGGCAGAUAAAAAACAAUGAGCUACAUCUCCAGUGAUCUGAGUGGAGGGUAAUCCCCCCCUUUGCUGAACUUUUGACCUUUUUUUAGACAGAGAGAGAAUGACGGAAGUAGAAAAAAAGAAAAUGCUUCAAAAAGGAAAAACAAACAAAAGUCUGACUGAGGAUUGAUUCCAAAUCAGUGCACAUCCCUCAGCGCUCAGAUUUACAGACUUUAAUCUCACUUUUUUUUUUCAAACAUGGAGAAUAUCUCGUUCCCCGGCGGGGCGCCGCCUCUCUGCAACGACUCUGUGGACUUCUACUCCCUGACGUCACGGAACCUCACCGACAUUAACUGCACCCCGCCCUCUGAGUUCUACUUUUACGCCGACCUCUACGUCAUCUUACCCGUCAUCUACACGGUGAUCUGCGCGGUGGGACUGACGGGCAACACGGCCGUCAUCUACGUGAUCCUCAAAGCGCCGAAGAUGAAAACGGUGACCAACAUGUUCAUCCUGAACCUGGCCAUCGCCGACGAUUUGUUCACUCUGGUUCUGCCGAUCAACAUAGCGGAACACCUGCUGCACUACUGGCCCUUUGGCGAGGUCUUGUGCAAAGUCAUCCUCAGCAUCGACCACUACAACAUCUUCUCCAGCAUCUACUUCCUGACCGUGAUGAGCAUUGACCGCUACCUGGUCGUCUUGGCGACUGUGAGGUCAAAGCGCAUGCCGUACCGCACCUACAGAGCCGCCAAGAUCAUCUCGCUGUGCGUCUGGAUCCUCGUCAUCCUCAUCGUCAUGCCCUUCACCGUCUUCGCCAGCGUCUACGUCGACCCGAGCGACGGGAGGAAGAGCUGCCUGCUCAGCUUCCCCAGCCCAGAGGGACUCUGGUUCAAGGCCAGCCGGAUCUACACGCUCAUCCUGGGCUUUGCCAUCCCGGUGUCCACCAUCUGCAUCCUGUACACCAUGAUGCUCUACAAGCUGAGGAACAUGCGCCUCAACAGCAACGCCAAGGCGCUCGACAAGGCCAAGAAGAAGGUCACCAUCAUGGUGUUCAUCGUGCUGGCCGUGUGCCUGUUCUGCUGGACGCCGUUCCACCUCAGCACCAUUGUCGCCCUGACGACGGACCUGAGGACCACGCCGCUGCUCAUCGGCAUCUCCUACUUCAUCACCAGCCUGAGCUACGCCAACUCCUGCCUCAACCCGUUCCUCUACGCCUUCCUGGACGACAGCUUCAGGAAAGCCUUCAAGAAGAUGCUCGAAUGUCGACCGGCCUGAAUGUACGGCUUAGCGAGAUUUUAUCAAAAUAUGAGGUUCAGAUUCAGAUUGUGUGGUUUGUUAAAAGCUGCACUUGGCACACUUUGCACAUUGUUUGCACAUGGAGACGAGAUGGUAUUCAUGUUUGAUUUAGCCUGUAAACACUUUCAAUUGACAAACCUGUUUAUAAAAUGCUUUAUAAUACAGUCAAAACCAAAAUGAACAUUUUUGAAUCCAGCUUCGUCUGGAGCUGUUUUUUGUUUUUUUGCACACUCAUCAUUUCCAUUGGUUGGAGAAGAUCGUCUGCCAGCAAUACUGAAUGGCUCAAUCCAAAUGUCCACCACCUGGACUGAUCCUGCACACUGAUCCUUUGCGGACAUCAGUUGUAGUGGGACAUGAUGGGCGUCAUCACGUCCGGUCCUGGAGCUCGGGAGACUGCAAAGAUGUUCUCCAAUCAGCUGUAGCAUUAUGGACAACUUUGAAAUCUAAUGCAACAGUUCGACCAUUCACUCCACUUCUAUCUUCUCAGUUUUUGUUGACAUGCUCAGAAAGGUGAUCGUCUGACUUCCUAUUGAAGCCAUAGUUGUAGUCGGUGGCCUAGUGGAGCGCAAUAUGACUCCAUUAACACGACAUGAGGGGAGCAAUAAAACAAAAUGAAUUAUCAAGUUUGUGACCGUGUCAACAAAAACUGAAAAUGUAGACGUGUCGUUAAAGUAGCUUAUGUUGUAUUAGAUUGAUUAGGUGGUCAUAAAAAGUUAUGACUGGUGGUGGUAAAAGUCACAGACAGGCUCUAAAACUACAACAAAUCAAAAUGCAUUUUCAUCACUUAACAUAGCCAUAGCAUGCAGCUACAGAUUUCUAUAAAUAUUAUGAUGUGGUCUGAGACUAUUUCUGGCCGACAUGCUUCUUUGGACAGGUUGCAUUGUGGGUUGUGGACAGGCCAUUAGCAAUCUUCCUGGGUAUGCGCCUGCAUGUCUUCACACCUCGGUCUGGUUCUGGACAUUUGGAUUGAGCCGCUCUGAGUUGAGAUGUUUUUUCUCCGUCACAGCUGGACUGGUAGCAUCCUUGCAGAAUUUGCCUGGUGCAGCUUUUAACAAAAACGGAGCAUCUGCUGUGUGGAGGAAAUCCAGUCCAACACAGACUUCACUGAUUUGCAUGCUGUCAAUCAAACAGACGUGAUGAGAACAGUCAGGGUUGGAGGUUAGCAGCGUGCAUGCACAGAGGAUUACAUGUGCAUUGAUUAGAAAUCGUUCAUCGUUAUCCAUCAGAGAAACUGGACUUCAAUGUAUGCAAACACUUGACCUGCCUUUUUUUUUUUUUAACGAUGCUGGGUUUCCCACAAAGUCAUCUAAAAGGAGCCAGUGUGGAAACCUGAGACUUUGGAUCUGAUCUGAGUAAGCAGAGAUACACUGAACAAUAAGAGAAAAGGUUGAAACAUGAGCUCUUUAAAUGAGUAUUGUUCAUUAUUUCACAGAGUGUUUAUGAACCACUUCAGAGGAACCUUAACAACCCUGACAUCAGUACUGUAGGCCUGCUUUGAAACAGGCAUGGGACAGGAGGGCUAUGUCGAACUAUGUUCUUCUUCAUGUCUUCAUUUUUCUUGUGAGCCUUUGUCGCCCCCUGCUGAAAAAAGAGCAUCGUUACCUGAUAAUGCACCCAGAGCCAUUUGCAGACCGCUGUUCAUACGGCUUGUUUCAGUGAUGUAUGCUAAUAAAAAUGAACACUUUUUCUUCUCUUCCUUUCUGUGAAUAGCAUAUUUUUUUAUAUUAUCUAACACAUCCUGCUGGAGUUCAUUUUGUCCUAUGUUUGCUAUGUCAAAUCUCUGCUGGAUAAAAAGAGCAGGCUUCUGACGCUUGAAAAAAAAAAAUGGAUUCAAACUUCAAAGUUUCACUUCAUCGUCUGUCACAUGUUUUUGAUUUGUGAGAGGGAUUUUUCGGUGUUGUGCGGGGAAACAAAUGCAAAAUAUGGCAUUGUGCAUCCUCCCUUAGAGGUAACUCUACAACAGUGGUUCUCAACUGGUGGGUUGGGACCCACAAGUGGGUCGCAGAGAUGUUUUCAGUGGAUCGCGACUGAGUGCAUGGUGUCAAAAAUUCCAUAAAGUGCUUUUUAAACAUG